AUGCGGAUCGCAACUUCAACGCUUCUUGCCCCUCUCUUCCUGUGCCUCACACUGGCAGACACAACUCAAGCUACCAGCUCCAACGACCUUACCGUGGAAGUAGGCCACCAUGUCAUUUUCUCAUAUCCAGGCCUCGAGCCCCCGACUCAUCUCUUCGACCUAAUCAAACAAGGGAAAGUCGGAGGCAUAAUUCUAUUCGGAGAAAACGUCGACAGCAACCUCAGCAACGUAAUCGAAAAUUUCCAAAACGCGUACCAACAAAGUCCCACCUAUGCGGGGUUUCCAUUGCUCAUCACAACAGACCAAGAGGGAGGUCAAAUCCGCCGACUCCCCGGCGGUCCCGAACAGAGCGCGAAACAAGUAGGACAGUCCACCGAUCCGAAAGGGGCAGCGACAAAAGCCGGCCAGGACGCAGCAGUUACUCUGAAGGAGUAUAAAAUGAACGCAAAUCUAGCGCCUGUCCUUGAUGUUUAUCGAGAAGCGGAUGAUUUCACAGACCAGUAUGGUCGCUCCUUUAGCAAUUCCUCCGCCGUGGUGAGCGAGUGUGGUUUGGCAUUUAUCACCGCACAACAGAAAGCAGGUGUACUCGCUACAGCAAAGCAUUUCCCUGGUUUGGGAGCUGCAUUGAAAGAUUCGAAUACCGAUGAAGAACCUGUUACUAUCGACUUGACGCUUCGCCAGCUUCAUACCGUCGAUCUGGUACCUUACAAAGACGCCAUUGCUGCUGGAUUGGACAUGGUCAUGACAUCGUGGGCUAUUUAUCCGGCGCUCGACGAUAAAUAUCCUUCUGGGUUGAGCAAGAAGUGGGUACAGGGGGAAUUGCGAGGUCGGUUGGGAUUUGAGGGCGUUACGAUUACUGAUGCGAUCGAGGCUGGGGCGCUUAAGUCGUUUGGGGAUGAUGCGACUCGGGGACUUUUGGCUGCGCAGGCUGGGAUGGAUAUUCUUUUAGCUUCUGGGAGGAAUGUGAGUCAAGGUGAAGCUAUUGUGAAUGGAUUGGUUGCUGCGUUGCAGAAUGGGAAUCUGUCCAAGGACUUGUUUUCGGAGGCUACUGAUCGGAUUUUGGGUAUGAGGAAGAGAAUUCAGGGUUAG